UAUUUGUUUGUUCCAGCUCCGCCAGGUUUUCUGUGCGCAUCCUCGAUGGAGAAGAGCAUGUGACUGCGCGUCCCCGCGGAGCCUGGGGGAGGAGUGCCUCUAACCGACCAGCGUGGCACUGUCACGGAAGAAGAGAGUACACGAAUGGGAUGUUUUGAGCGGAUCAAAGCUUGACGUCUUUCACGAAAUUCACACAGUGAGAACCCGUAUGCGAAGUGUUUGAGGAUUUACGGAUUCACAUCAGGACUUUGGUUUAUUUCUCGACGGGCGCGGACACAGCUUGGUAUCGAUAGAGAGACUCAACUCCGGUCCUUUCGUCCUGACAUGGACACAGGAACUGUACCAGAAAAGAAAAGGGUGAGCUCGGAGCGGAGGAAGGAGAAGUCGAGGGAUGCAGCAAGAUGCCGGCGUGGGAAGGAGUCGGAGGUGUUCUACGAGCUGGCACAGGAGCUGCCCCUGCCCCACAGCGUCAGCUCCAGCCUGGACAAGGCCUCGAUCAUGAGACUCAUCAUCAGCUACCUGCGCAUGAGAAAAGUGCUCAGUACUGAUGAGCCAAUGACAGAGGAUGAAACAGAGCUUGAAUCACAGCUAAAUGGCUCCUAUCUAAAAGCUUUGGAGGGCUUUCUUUUGGUCCUGUCAGAAGAUGGAGAUAUGAUCUAUCUCUCCGAGAAUGUCAACAAGUGCCUCGGGCUGGCACAGUUUGACUUGACUGGACUCAGUGUGUUUGACUUCAUACAUCCUUGCGACCAGGAAGAGCUGAGGGAGAUGCUGCUCCACAAAACAGGCUCCAAAAAGGCCAAGGAACCAAACACAGAGCGCAGCUUCUUCCUCCGAAUGAAAUGCACUCUCACCAGCAGGGGCCGCACUGUCAAUGUCAAAUCAGCGACAUGGAAGGUGCUCCACUGCUCAGGUCAUGUCCGUGUAUAUGACACCCACACCGAGGAGCCUACCAACGGGCACAAGGAGCCACCUGUCCCCUACCUGGUUUUGAUCUGUGACCCCAUCCAACAUCCCUCCAACAUUGAGGUCCCUCUUGACACCAAGACUUUUCUCAGCCGCCAUACAAUGGACAUGAAGUUCACGUAUUGUGAUGAAAGGAUCACAGAGCUCAUGGGUUAUGCUCCAGAGGACCUGUUGAAUCGUUCUGUGUAUGAGUACUAUCAUGCUCUGGACUCAGACCAUCUUACCAAGACUCACCACAACUUGUUUGCAAAGGGCCAAGUCAGCACAGGCCAGUACCGGAUGUUGGCCAAGAGAGGAGGCUUUGUGUGGGUGGAAACACAAGCCACUGUCAUCUACAACAACAAGAACUCCCAGCCACAGUGUGUUGUCUGUGUCAACUUUGUGCUCAGUGGCAUCCAGGAGGAGAAACUGAUAUUGUCCCUGGAGCAGAUCGAGGAUGUGAAGUCAGUGAAGGAGGAGGAGCAACAGCGGGAGGAGGAAAAAGAAAAGGAUGAGGUGGACAGCAGCCAGCCUGACAUGUCUCAGGCCCCGCUGAAGGACGAGGAGAAGGGCCCAGAGCUGGAUGUGAUCAAACGGUUCACCCAGGCCCUAGAGGCCAAGCCUCUGGCUAGCCUGUAUGACCAGCUGAAGGCAGAGCCAGAGGCUCUCACACUGCUGGCCCCAGCUGCUGGAGACGCAAUCAUCUCCCUGGACUUCAGCUGCCCUGAUUCAGAGGUCCAGCUGCUGAAGGAGGUCCCUCUAUACAAUGAUGUAAUGCUUCCCUUCACCAGCGACAAGAUGACUCUGCCUCUUUCCCCUCUGCCGCUCAGCGAGCCUCUCUGUGUCGCCACCACCAGCUCCGAGGAUGUCAAAGCUAAGAGCUAUGCUCCAGCCCGGUCCAGCCACAACUCCUCAGAGGCCGACAGUCAGCUGGACUUUUGUUAUCCCAUGGACUCAGAAAUGAGCUCAGAUUUCAAACUAGACCUGGUGGAGAAGCUGUUUGCCAUAGAUACAGAGCCCAAGACCCCCUUCACCACACAGGCAAUGGAAGACUUAGAUCUGGAGAUGUUAGCUCCCUACAUCCCCAUGGACGAUGACUUCCAGCUGCGCAGUCUGACCCCAGAAGAGUCUCUUUCUUGUGGACCAGUCAAAUCCCUUCUGAGUUCUCCAGUCCAUGUGCCACAAGACAUUCAAAGCUAUCCCAGCUCCCCAUUCAGUGCAGCAGGUAGUCGCACAACUUACCCAGCACCACUUACCGCCCCUCGUCCUGCCACCAUCGUUGCUAAGAGGACCCCACAGCUGGACAAAGAAGUCUCGCUCAGGACCCUGGCAGCUCAGAAUUCACAGCGCAAAAGAAAGCUGGGUGACAUAAGAGAGCUUAUUGGACAGAAAACUUUACCCCUGGAACAAACGGAGCAGGGCAAAAAGCUGAAGGCCUCAGGGUCGGAAACAACCAGGACCAUACUUCUGCUGCCUUCAGAUUUGGCGAGUCGUCUGCUGGGAAGCACAUCAGAGGGCACCAGUUCCCUUUUCACCCUGCCACAGCUCACCCGCUACGACUGCGAGGUCAACGCCCCCUUGCAGGGUCGUCAGUCUCUGCUGCAGGGAGAGGAGCUGCUGUGCGCCUUGGACCACGUCAAUUCAAUCUAGCUAAAACUCAAGGAGUCUCUGUUCACUGCUGGACACUACAAUUUCUCCCUCAUAUUGUCACUCCCUUUCCAAGACACCUAACCCCGCCCCUUAUUUAUGUAACUGUAAUUCAGUCUGGCUGCUGUUUGUGCACCUCGUGAUAUCUGCAGCAUUCCACCGUGGCAAACAUAGCAGCAUCUGGGUUUUGGUGCAAGGAAUUCAGGCAUCAUGAAAUGUCCAAUUGUCUUUUUUAGUUUAGUUUUAUUUCCUUUAUUGCGGGGAAUCGCUCAGCACAACGCCUCGACAGAUGACCCUUUUCCGGCAGGUCAUCACAGAUCCUGGCUCUACUGCCAGCAGUGUAUUGUAAGCUUCAGUCGCACAAUUUAUAUUUUCUUAAAAAGAAAAAUAUUACCAGCAAUAUAUAUAUAUAUAUAUUAAGCCUUUUUAAAGUCGUUCUAAUGGGAUUUGAUCAAUGUAAUUUUUCCUCCCAUACUUGUAUGUUGUAGUACUCGUACCUAACAAGAUGUCAUAAGUCCAGGUUAAGUAUGAACAUAUUGUUUAGACCUUAGGUGGUUUGAAUGUUAUCUCCAUUUAGCUAGUCUUUGACAUAAAUGCAUUUAAUUGUGUAGCAGUCCAGUACAUGUCACUUAAUUACUUUACUGUAAGUGUGUUACUGUACAUAUACCAGGGAAAUUACUUGGUGUGGCUUCACAGCUUACUAUGACAUUUGAGAGUAACUGCUUCACUUUGUUUGCUUCUCAUCAUGGAGAAUUGGCAUUUUUCUUCAACAUGAAGUGAAUUCAUGUUUUUUGUUUUUACUGUGCGUGACACUCAAAACAGUCUUUUAAAAUUGGUGGAAUUUUAUAUUUUACUUGUGUGAUCAUCGUCAUCCUGGUAGCACUUUUGAGUUGUUAAAUUUGUUUGCUCUGUUUAUGGUAGUCAGUUGAAUACCAUUGAUCCAUGCCAUAUUGUUGGGUCACUCAUGCUUCUUGUUGCCGUCCAACAUUAAAUGGCUUUAAUAAAGUGCAUUGUUUCUG